UCUCUCUCUCUCUCUCUCUCUCUCUCUCUACAACCAAAGACAUGUCUCGGCCGGAGCUGCAAAACCCGCCGGAGAUAUUCUACAAUGACGACGAAGCUCGCAAGUACACUCGCAACUCCAGAAUCAUGGAGAUUCAGUCCGAGCUCUCCGACAGGGCCCUCGAGCUUCUUGCUCUGCCCCAAGAUGACGUCCCCAGGUUGCUCCUUGACAUCGGUUGUGGCUCUGGGCUUAGCGGGGAGACCUUGUCUGAUUCUGGGCAUCACUGGAUUGGUUUAGAUAUCUCUCAAUCGAUGCUUGAUGUUGCACUGGAAAAUGAGGUUCAGGGUGACCUUCUGCUUGCGGACAUGGGCCAGGGGUUGGGACUUCGUUCGGGAGUUAUUGAUGGUGCUAUAAGUAUCUCGGCUGUUCAGUGGUUGUGCAAUGCUGACAAGUCCUCACAUAAUCCCCGAUUAAGAUUGAAGGCUUUCUUUGGGUCAUUGUAUAGAUGUUUAGCUAGGGGAGCAAAAGCUGCAUUCCAAAUGUAUCCAGAAAAUCUAGACCAGCGGGAAUUGAUUGUGAGCUCUGCAAUGCGUGCUGGAUUUUCUGGUGGUAUUGUCGUUGAUUAUCCCAACAGUUCCAAGAAAAGAAAAGAAUACUUAGUCCUCACAUGUGGUCCGCCAUCUGUCAACUCAUCAGUUCCUGAGGGUAAAAGUGAGGAUGAAGAUAGUUCCUUUGAUGAAGAUAGUAGUGAAGAUGAAGAAAAUCAGACAGUGUCCAUUUCAGACAGGCACAGGCCAAGGAAAAAACAGAGAACAACAAAGAAAGGUAAGGGGAGAGAUUGGUUACUGAAAAAGAAGGACCAGAUGAGAAGAAAAGGGAAUGUUGUUCCUCCAGACACAAGGUACACUGGUCGGAAACGGAAGGCUCGCUUUUGAUCUGGCACCAGGCCUCUAUGUAUCAGUUGCAAGUUACAAGUUUAGCGGCCUUUUGACUGGGUGGCUCCCUAGUUUCAGAAACAAUUCCAGAAGCAUUUUGUUCUGUUCAGAGAUUUUUUAUGAGAUCCUGAGAUGCUCAGUUAAAAGCAUCUCUAAAUCUGUGCAUCAAUGCAUAUUUGUACUCGAGCAAUACGUUACAAUUUGAAUCUAUACCAGAAAUUAGCAAUAAAAUUUGAUGGAACGAUGUGCUGUUAAGAGAA